AUGGCACGGGAGCCAUCGGAGGCAUGGAUCUCCUCAAUCGACGCGACGUAUCGGCUGAUUGAGGAUGCUGAUGUGCGCCGCAGCUACCCCCAGCUCGCAGCCAAGGUCGAGUCCGCGAUCCGCGCGUGCGAAUCGGCGCUCGACGACUACGGCCUCGAGCGAUGUGCGCUCAGCUUCAAUGGCGGCAAGGACUGCACGGUUCUUGCGCAUAUACUCGCAGCAGUAAUGCGGCGGCGCACAAAGCACGCCGGCCUACCCCGCAUGGCGGCACUGUACGUCGCUUGCGCGUCGCCCUUCCGCGAGGUCGACGAGUUUAUUGCGUACGCAGCCAGCCCUACCACUGGCUAUCAUAUGGACCUGUAUUCGGUGCAUGCACCGAUGAAAGAGGCGCUCGCACGCUAUCUGUCCGGGGCGCCAAGCGAGGCGCUCGGGAGCGGCAGCGGCGACGCGAUGUCGCCCGUAUCCGACCCGCCGGCGCAGCGUGACGUGCAAGCCAUGUUCAUUGGCGUGCGCGAGUCGGACCCGCACGGCUCGAAGAUCGGCGUGCGCUCGCCAUGCGACCCGGGAUGGCCACCGAUUAUGCGUGUGCACCCAAUCCUCGACUGGGACUAUGCAGAGGUGUGGGCGUUUUUGCGGUGCCCGGUGCUCGGUACGCCCGCGGCGGCACUGCCCCAGUUUGUCGGCGGCGGCGGCGCGGACGGUGUGCCGUACUGCUCGUUGUACGAUCUCGGUUAUACCUCGCUGGGAAGCACGCACAAUACGCACCCCAACCCAUACCUCCGAGUGCAGGGGACCGCGACGUAUCGCCCUGCCUACUACCUCGAGGAUGGCUCGUCGGAGCGCGCAGGUAGAGGGUGA